GCUGGUGACUGGAACUUGUAGCGGUUUACUGAGGCUGGUUAGGACUUUUGUUUUCUGCUGCGAGAAGUACCAGUUAUUACACCAUAAGUACAGUUAAAUUGUUUUGUUUCGUAAGUUUUCGUACAUUUAGCCGGUUUUCUUCAAAAAUGGCCGCAACGGCGUUUGAAAUGGACGGCAGUGUAAUGGAAGGGGGAGGACAGAUAUUAAGGGCUUCUGCGGCACUCAGCUGCAUCCAGGGCGCAUCUCUAAACAUUAAUAAAAUCCGCGCAGGACGGAGCACACCAGGAUUAAGGCCUCAGCAUCUGUCAGGCUUGGAGCUGGUGAGGGACAUGUGCGAUGGGAAUUUGGAGGGAGCCAAGGUGGGUUCCUCAGAGAUCACGCUCACUCCUGGGAAGAUUAAAUGUGGGAAUUACCUUGCUGACACACACACCGCAGGGAGUGUUAGCCUCCUGCUGCAGUCCUCACUGCCUUGUGCACUGUUUGCUGAGGGCCCGUCAGAGCUCUGCUUAAAAGGGGGAACCAAUGCAGAGAUGGCACCACAGAUCGACUACACAGUUAAGGUCUUUAAACCCAUGGCAGAGAAAUUCGGCAUGCAUUUUGUCUGUGAUGUAAGAAUGAGAGGUUACUACCCAAAGGGAGGUGGAGAAAUAGUUGUGAGGGUUAACCCUGUGAAAGAACUUAGUCCUAUCAACAUGACAGAGAGAGGAAACAUCACAAAGAUCUACGGCAGGGCCUUUGUGGCUGGAAUACUGCCUUUUAAGCUGGCAAAGGACAUGUCUUCUGCAGCAGUGCGCACCAUUCGGAAAGAGAUUAAGGACCUUUAUAUCAACAUCCAGUCUCUGCAAGAGAAGGACCAUGCCUGUGGUAAUGGCAAUGGCAUUAUAAUCAUUGCAGAAUCCUCUACUGGAUGUAUUUAUGCAGGUUCGUCUCUCGGGAAGAAAGGUGUGUAUGCAGAUAAAGUUGGCAUCGAGGCUGCUGAGAUGCUCCUGAGGAACAUCAGACAUAAUGGCUGUGUGGAUGAGUUCCUGCAAGACCAGCUGAUUAUUUUCAUGGCUUUGGCUAAGGGAACAUCCCGAAUGCGCACUGGGCCAAUCACCUGCCACACUGAGACUGCCAUCCAUGUGGCUGAGCAGCUAACCAAGGCUAAGUUUGUUAUACACAAGGCAGACGACGAGCACGCCAGCAAGGACACCCACAUUAUCGAGUGCCAGGGUAUGGGUGCCACCAACUCCAACCUGUGAGCGUUUUCCUCCGGAGUGCCGACCGAGCGACUGGAGGUCACGUAGCAGAAUCACACUACUGUAACUGACUGGAUAAUAUGAGAAGAACUUGACCUGCUCACUCUUCCACGGAACGGAUAACGGGUUCAUUAGUCUUUAAGUCGACCCGGAAUCCGUCUGCUUCGUCCACGCUUGAUCCCCUUUUGAUAGCUCAUUUUUUGAAUGACUUUUGUUACUCAGGGUUUUGCCUUACACUGUAACCGAGCAUCGUGUUUGGAGUGUUUGCAUAAAUAUAGUUGGUUAGAAUUAGUAAUCAGCCAGCUGGUUUCUCAUCAAUCCGAUUACUGCUUGCUCAUCAGUUUGUGCACAAACACAAGCCUUAAAAAAAAUCACCACAAUCGGAACACGUUUAAUGAUAAUGUGCAUGGAACUAGUAAUAUUACUGUAUGCCACCUUUUAAUAUAGUGCACUAUGUGUACAUGAAGCUAAAAGAAGAAACAAAAAGAAUGGUCGUCUGUCCCUUAUCAAUAGGUCUUGUUUGUGUAGCUGCUUUGCCUUUAACGUAAAUUAUUUAAGUUGAUGUAUUGAAUGAUUGACACCGUAUUUUGUUUGCUGUUUAAUUUAAAGCUCGCUGCUGAACUUCAGUAGCUUUGAGGUGGUGGGUUGAUUAAAGUCCCUUAAAAUGACGGUCAGUUUAAUUAGGACUUAACUGCAUUAUUUAUGAGGAUGGAUUUUUCACUGUUUGUCCCUGGAUUUAGUUUUUCUUUAUUUGCUUUCCUGUAGGUAACAAUGACCUGUUAAUUUGUGUUAAGAUAUUUUUGGAAAAAAAUCACAAUAAAAGUGGUAAUGAAA